GAAGACCAAGAAUUGUGUGUUGUUGUUACUAAGGCAGCAAGCUAAGGAGAGAGCUCUGAUCACCAGAAAUAGAGGAGAAUUCCCAGCUGCCUUUUUGUCUUCCUCCAACCUUAGCAGAUUCCUAAAUUCAACUCCCCAAACCAGAAAAACAAGAAAGACAAAAACACAACUACCUUUUUCUCAUCAUCGUCAUGUCAAAUAUUACAGGUGAAGAUGGCAGUUUCUCUUCAGGAAACACCGGAGAAGAAGUUCACCAACAACAACAGCAGCAGCAGAAACAUUUGCAAGCUCCGAAUUCCACGCCGCCGGCGACUGUCACUCCGACCAACAGCAAUGGCUCAACUUCACAACAGCAGCAACAACAACCUCCGGCUAAAAAGAAAAGAAAUCUGCCGGGAACUCCAGAUCCGAAUGCAGAAGUGGUUGCCCUAUCGCCGACGACGCUAAUGGCGACGAACAGAUUCGUGUGCGAGAUUUGCAACAAGGGAUUCCAGAGGGAUCAGAAUCUGCAGCUACAUCGGAGGGGUCACAACCUUCCAUGGAAGCUCCGGCAGAGGACGACGGCGGAGGUGAGGAAGCGCGUGUACAUUUGCCCGGAGCCGACGUGCGUGCACCACAACCCUGCACGCGCGCUGGGCGAUCUUACUGGGAUCAAGAAACACUACAGCCGCAAACAUGGGGAGAAGAAAUGGAAGUGCGACAAAUGCUCUAAGAAGUAUGCAGUCCAGUCGGACUGGAAAGCUCACCAAAAGACUUGCGGCACCAGAGAAUAUAAAUGUGACUGCGGAACUAUCUUCUCCAGGAGAGAUAGCUUUAUAACGCAUAGAGCUUUCUGUGACGCACUGGCGGAGGAGAACAACAAAGUGAACCAAGCCGGCGGCCUGAUGGAUCCAAACAACGUUAACCUACAACCCCAAAUUCCGGAGCUCAUGUCGGCCAACACCGCCAUGGGAUUAUCCGAAUUCAACAAUUUCGACCCCAAAAACCCUCUCAAAUCCCUCCCCCAAGACCUCGUACCCAUACCCUUCAAGUCCAUCAACAUGGCCGCCGGCGCCGGCAUGUUCGCCACAAGCUCCGGCAACCUCUUCGGAAGUCCGAGGAGCAUUGCCACGUCAUCCUCCGGCCUCCAGCUCAGCUCCAACACCCCUUCCCCGGGUUUCAACGGCUCCUCGGUGGUCCCCAUGUCCGCCACGGCUCUACUGCAAAAGGCGGCGCAGAUGGGGGCCACCGCCAGCAAUAGCAUAAACUCUCCCAUGAUGCAGAAGAGCUUCACUACUAGCAUGGCGGGAACGGACCACAGGACGUCAACCCCACCGCCUUACGGUGCGCUCGAGCAGCAGAGUAGCAUUACCCCCGCGUUCGAAAACUUCCCGACCCCACCGGAAGGCGGAUUUUCCGCCGCCAUGAAUGACAUCGCGAUUUACACGGGAAUGCUGAUGAACACUACGACCACAACCAAUGAACAAAACCCACCCGCGGAACAAAAUCCAAUGACGGUGGAUUUCUUGGGGGUCGGAGGGUCAAGGCCACCGCCGGCGCCGGCGGCCGGAACGAGUAUGCAUCAGCAGCAGCAAAGAUUGGAAAUGGAAGCCAUGAAUCAACAGAGGAUGCAAGCAAUGAGCCACCCAGCUUUUCAUCAUCAACAACAACACAUGCUGCAUGGGAAUUCUGCCUUGUGGGAUGUUUGAGUAGCCAGUUUUCAUUAAUUUGCACGCUCGGUUUUUUUUCUAAUUAACUGCAAGCUUAGCUUUAGCCAUUAAUGGCUAUGGCGACUCCAACAAUCUUCAGCCUAUAUAUUUAAUUUAAGUUUCAGUGACAGCA